AUGGCUACUGUUCAGCAGCUAAGAAGGAAGCGGAUCAGUGACGGUCUCACUGUGACGCAAAAGGUUUUCGUUCGUUCCAGAAACGGUAGUGCCCAGAAGGUGGUUCGGGAGCAUUAUUUGAGAAAAGAUAUCCCAUGUCUUUCUAGGAUCUGUGACAUUUGUCCUAACAUUAUUGUGCCUAAUGCAGCUGGAGAAUUACCGAAGUUUGUUCUUUCUGAAACCCCACAAGAGUUACAAGGGUUGGGGAAACAUUACGUUGUCGUUGAUGCCAAUAUCAUUAUACAAUCUAUUGACUUGUUAGAGAACCCAAAUUGUUUCUUUGACGUUAUUGUGCCUCAGAUUGUUUUGGAUGAAGUAAGAAAUAAAUCUUAUCCAAUUUACACAAGAAUUAGAGCUCUUUGUAGAGAUAGCGAGGAUGAUGUGAAGAGAUUUGUUGUUUUCCAUAACGAGUUCUCUGAAUACACUUUUAUUGAUAGAACCGGGAACGAAUCUAUCAACGAUAGAAACGAUAGGGCGAUCAGGAAAACUGUGGAAUGGUACACUAAUCAUUUGAAGGGUAAGGGUAUUAAUAUCGUUUUUGUUACCAACGAUCGUCUAAACAGACAAGCAGCCUUAAAGGAUAGUUUGGUGGCGAAAUCGUUGGCCGAAUAUGUGGAUAUGCUACCAAAUAGUGAGGAAAUAAAGGAUUUGAUCCCUAACUUGGCUCCAAUAUCAGGUAUGUCCAGCAAGAUGUUGGAAGAUGAUCCAGAAGGUCAUGGCGCUGCUAAGGCAGAGUUCUCUUUCCCAGAAUAUUAUUCUACAUCGAGAAUUAUGGGUGGGUUGAAAAAUGGUUCUUUGUACCAGGGUUCCAUUCAAAUCUCGGAGUAUAAUUUCUUGGAGGGUACUGUGUCGUUACCUACUUUUAAGAAACCUGUUCUAGUGUUAGGACAAAAGAAUUUGAAUAGAGCGUUCAACGGAGAUCUUGUUGUAGUGGAGCUUCUUCCCCAAUCUGAAUGGAAGGCUCCAUCUACAGUGACAAUGGACUCUGAACACUUCAACGUCAAUGAUAAUCCCGACAAUGAUGGUGAAGAUGAUGAAGGAGAACCAUCAGGUGUACUAGAUGACUCUGGUGCUAUUAUGUCUGAUAAAGACCGUAGACUAUUAGCUCAAUCUGCCAUCCUAGCUCAAAAGUCAAACAAAGUUCAGCCAACAGCCAGGGUUGUUGGGAUUACAAGAAGAUCAUGGAGGCAGUAUGUCGGUCAAAUUACCCCAACCUCUGUGGAUCCUCAAAGCAGUGGUACUCAAAAUGUCUUUGUAAUUUUAAUGGAUAAAUGUUUACCAAAGAUUAGAAUUCGGACUAGACUUGCCAAACAACUACUGAACAAAAGAAUUGUCAUUUCAGUUGAUUGCUGGCCAGAGAACUAUAGAUACCCGUUGGGCCAUUUCGUAAGAGAUUUAGGUGAUAUCGAGUCUGCACAAGCAGAAACUGAAGCACUAUUAUUAGAACAUGACGUUGAAUACAGGCCAUUCUCAAAGAAAGUUUUGGAUUGUUUACCAAAGGAAGGUCACGAUUGGAAAGCACCAGAAGACCUCACCGAUCCAGAAGCAAUCAGAAAUGACCCGUUAUUACCAAGCAGAAAGGACUUCAGAGAUAAAUUGAUUUGUAGUAUUGAUCCUCCAGGAUGUGUCGAUAUUGACGAUGCCUUGCACGCAAAGCAACUUCCAAAUGGUAACUGGGAAGUUGGUGUCCAUAUUGCUGACGUUACUCAUUUCGUUAAACCGGGUACCGCAUUAGACGCAGAAGGUGCCUCAAGAGGUACUUCUGUCUACUUAGUCGAUAAACGUAUCGAUAUGUUACCUAUGCUAUUAGGUACUGACCUCUGUUCAUUGAAGCCCUAUGUUGAUAGAUUUGCAUUUUCCGUUGUAUGGGAGCUUGAUAACGAUGCUAACAUUGUUGGUGUUGAUUUCACAAAAUCGGUUAUUAGAUCCAGAGAAGCAUUUUCUUACGAAAAAGCUCAAAACCGUAUCGAUGAUGAAACUGCUAAAGAUGAGUUGACACUUGGAAUGAGGGCUCUUUUGCAACUUUCCAAGAAACUGAAACAAAAGAGGUUGGACGCAGGUGCGCUAAAUUUGGCUUCCCCUGAAGUUAAAGUUCAUAUGGAUAGUGAAACCUCUGAUCCAAACGAAGUUGAAAUCAAGAAACUUCUUGACACCAACUCUUUGGUUGAAGAAUUCAUGUUGUUAGCUAACAUUUCUGUUGCUAGAAAGAUUUACGAAGCAUUCCCUCAAACUGCUAUGUUGAGAAGGCAUGCAGCACCUCCAUCCACUAACUUUGAACUGUUGAACGAAAUGCUUCAAGUCAGAAAGGGCAUGUCUAUUUCUCUUGAAUCGUCAAAGGCAUUGGCGGACUCUUUGGACAGAUGUGAAGAUCCAAAUGAUUCUUAUCUUAACACUUUGAUCCGUAUCAUGUCUACUCGUUGUAUGAUGGCCGCGCAAUACUUCCAUGCAGGAGCAUUCUCCUACGCAGAUUUCCGUCAUUAUGGUUUAGCUGUCGAUAUCUACACGCACUUCACGUCUCCAAUUAGACGUUACUGUGAUGUCGUAGCUCACAGACAACUAGCAGGUGCAAUUGGCUAUGAGGCCCUAGAUCUUUCCCAUAGAGAUAAACAAAAAAUGGAGAUGAUUUGUAGAAAUAUUAACAAGAAACAUAGAAAUGCCCAAUUUGCCGGUAGAGCAAGUAUAGAAUAUUAUGUUGGCCAGGUGAUGAGAAAUAACGAAUCAACGGAGACGGGUUAUGUCAUCAAAGUUUUCAACAAUGGUAUCGCCGUAUUAGUACCCAAAUUCGGUGUAGAAGGGUUGAUCAGAUUAGAAAACUUGACUGAAAAUCCACAAAGCGCAGAAUUCAUUGAAGAUCAAUUUAGCUUGAGAUUUGUUGAUAAAAACGGUGUUUCGAAAGAGGUCAGUGUCUUUGAUAAGGUAGAAGUUCAACUCAAAUCUGUUCUCGAUCCUGCUACCAGUAAACGUAAGGCACAAUUAUUAUUGAAAUGA